AUGGUUUGUAGUGUUGGAGGCCCAGACAACACCCACUGCUGCGAGUUCGACGGUGUGUUGUACCCUGAUGGACACCAGCUGUCCGCCUGCUUCCCUCUGGUGUGCAAGCGUGGCACAUGGGUUAAUGUGGGAUACAUAGACGAUUGUUGUAAACAUUGCUACGUGUUCGACGACCCCCACAUUGUGACCUUCGACGAAUACCGCUACGACUGGCACGGUGCCUGUAACUACUCAAUUGCCCAGAGUGACUUUUCCUAUAACCCUGAAGUGGGCGUCUUUGGAGAUUUCGAGAGGUGCUGGGGGUGUGCAUCCUGCCUCAGGCGCACUACCUUCAAGAAUGACCGAAACACCGUCAUUACUAUCAAUACAGGCGCUAUAUUUGAUCUGAUGGUGAACGGAGCACCGUACGUAGUACCUGCACUGGGGAUCCAUCCGGUGGUGUCGCCUGAUGGUGUUCAUCCCGUGCUGGCCUGGCGCAACGGCAAAUGUGUUCUCCUCCAAGGUUCCUCGAGGAUAGUGGUUCAUCACUGCAAGCACCGGCUGGACGUGUGGGCACACCCUAGUCACGCUGAGCACCUGGACGGGCUAUGUGGACACUAUAACUUCUAUGUGAGAGACGACUUCACAGACCGCUCGGCCAACAUCCAUCCGCUGGAGUACUGGCCCCAGGAGUUCCCAGUCUCGUGGAAGACGAAUGAUCAGAGUAACCCACAGUGUCUGCUGCCAAGAGGCGUCAUAAAGUCUUGUGCUGGCCGUCUGGGUAACCCGUGUCGUGCCGACGAGAGGGAGAUGGAGAGGUACAGGACAAUGUGCAAGAGACGCAUGAUGCCACUCAUUGGCCACCAAAAUAAACUCCUCCAUUACAUAGAAACUUGUGCCUUCGACCUGUGUAUGAUGUCUGGGAACGGUGCUGACGAUCGGAUGCUGGAAGAAUGGGUGAUAGAGGUGCUUGAAGUGCUAAGACUCGCGAUCUACAUCCUCACUACCACAGGGAAGACCCAAGAUGCAACUCGCGUGAGGUCCACAUCGGUCACCACCAUCACCCCUACCCUGACCGUUCACCCAAUCAACACCACCUUCACUGAGGGCUUAUACACCACCCUCACCUUCUUGGAGACAGAUGUAACCUAUUCAGAAACCAACACCAUCACGUCUGUCAGGCCUUUAUAUCCAACCUCGACUACUACUACUGUGGAUCCGUAUGACUCUACUUACGGCAUACCUUAACUAUUUAUAUACACACACAGAAGCAUCCCUACACUGUCAUCUUUAACUUGGAUGGUCUUUAAUACUGGGUGGUCUAGAGUUCCCAUGUAAAAGACUUGCUAGUGUCAUUGUGUAGUAAUUCUAGUAUGCUCGUUACAUAUAUUCCCAAAAAUAUUUAAUUGGCCUGGGAUACACUGCAUUGUUCUGAAGUAGUGUUAAUUGUUAGCAAUAUUUUAUUAGUUUAUGAAAAUUCUAUUUGCCUUGUAGAAAAAGAUGUUAUUUAGUUUUAAUUGUCGAAUUUAAUUGCAUUAAAAUAUUUUGAAUA